AUGACUCACGGGGACAUAAAUUGUGGCCAGGUGAUGAUAUUUGCAUCGGACCCAGAUGCCGAAGAAAACGCCACUUUGGUGUAUCGUAUUCGAGCGGGUGAUCCCUUUGACUUGUUUCAACUCGACUCCCGCACAGGUGAUCUCUCUGUUGCUAAGGAUUACAGCAGCACUGGACAGUAUAUGGGCCAGUAUCUCCUUUUCCUCGAAGUAUCUGAUCGUGGGUCGCCGCGACGAUUCUCUGAGGCCCAGCUCCUAAUCCAUAUGGAUGAUUCAGAGCCUUUAGGAAGAGUUGAGAGGGAUAUCUUCGGAUUUCCAAUCCGUGCCCCAGGAAGAGGUGGCACUGGAGCCAGCAGUCGAAGUAUGAACCUCUACAUCAUUGCUGCAAUCAUUGUUGCAUCAUUUGUAAUAUCAAGUGUCCUGCUGAUAGCGAUAUGUCUUGUUGUUCGGAGAGCUAGAACUUCAGAACAUGGGCAGGGGGGCAGGUAUCCCGGAGAUGAAGGCAAUGGACUACAGAAUGGAUCGAUUUUCCAUGAUGGUGGGCUGGGAAGUUGUUAUUUAAAGUCAGUUCCGCUUUCCCUGGCUCAAACAAAAUAUACUACUUGUGAUCCACUAGAAGAAGGUGAGUAA